AAGAAAUCGAAAGUAUCGCGAAGUCAACCUGCGCGAGGCACAUAUUAACGUCUGCUGCUCACAGUACCAGGAUUCUGCUUGUCUGAAAACAACGAACAUUUGCAUUCAUUAUGUCCAAAUCUAAAGUGCUGAAGAUAAAAUCUGAUAAUGCAGUGAAGAUAGAAAACUACCGUCAGUCACUGUACAAGCAGGCAGAAAACCUGUUCUCCGAUCACAUACCUCUGAAGAUCUCACAGCUUGACAACCUGUUAAAGGGGGAUGAGUUCAGUAUCACUGACCUCUCAUCUCUCCAUGCACCCCUGGACAUUCCCAUUCCUGAUCCCCCUGCUCCGGAGGAGGAGGAGAUGGAGACAGAUAAAAAUGAAGAUGAUGAGAAAAAGAAGAAAGCUCCCAAGUGUGGCUUCAUCAAAGGAAAUGACCGGAUUGUGAAGUUGCUGGAUAUUGUAAAACCAGAGAUAAUGGCUCUGAAGGAAACCUGCAUCACUGUUUCUUGCUGGAUUUCUCAUCUAAUUCCAAAAAUAGAGGAUGGAAAUGAUUUUGGAGUUGCAAUUCAGGAAAAAAUCCUUGAGAGAAUUACUGCUGUGAAGACGAAGGUGGAGGGUUUUCAGACCAACAUCAACAAGUACUUCUCAGAGAGAGGUGAUGCAGUGGCCAAAGCUUCUAAGGACACCCACGUGAUGGAUUAUCGCUCUCUGGUGCACGAGAAGGAUGAAGCAGCAUAUUCUGAGAUCAGAGUGAUUAUGCUUGAUAUACGCGGUUUCUAUGCUGAACUUUAUGAUGUCAUCAGCAAGAAUCUGGAGAAAGUGACAAAUCCCAAAGGAGAAGAGAAGCCCUCCAUGUACUGAGACAGAUGCUUACUGGGAGCAGUGCCGUUCUACAACUAAACAAGUUUUCAGAAUUUCUCAUUUCUUCAUUUUUGACACUCAACAGAUACAUCCCUAAAGUGGUUAAUAAACUUCAGUCAGUCAUAAACAUA